UUGUCAAACAUUGAGGUUACUAUUUUUGUUUAAGUUUUGACCUAUGGAUUAUACCUAUACAACUGGAUAAAUCGCAAUCACGUUUCUUAGUGAAAUAAUAGGUAUUUUGCUGAGCUAGUUUUGAAAAACUAACAGGCUGGCGUCAGAAAAUUAUACUAAGAAAAUGUUGGACGGGUGGUAUUGCCGCUCCAUAGCCAAUAUGCAGGCGACCGAGGCCGCUAGCAUGAGCAAUAAUGUGCCUGCAGAGCCGCAGCCGCCGCCGCACGAACACUACUCCAGUGACAGCAGCAGCGAACCUGAGCCGGAGACUAACUACAAGUCACAUUACCUUACACUUAAGAAAAAACUGAAAUAUCUUAUUUAUGAAAAUGAGUGCUUCCAAGAUGCUCUAAGAUGCAGCCAGAAGAGACUCCUUAAGGUGUCCCGCGAUCGCAGCUUCCUCCUCGACAGGCUUCUUCAGUAUGAAAAGCCUGACAGUAGCACUUCGGAGAGUGAUGAAACAGAAUCCUCUGAUGACACAGACUUCAACCGUGCAGAUGCUUUGAAAAGAAAGAAAAUUGAAGCGAGUGCUGCCCACCAAACUGUGUCUGCUGCUGCCACACCAAACAAGAAUGCCAACCCUGUUAAAAGAAAAAGAGCAGUGGUUCCUAAAAAGCCUCCUAAUACUACGCAUGUUCACCAAACCAACUUGGCCAUGUUGUCAAAGGCGUCCCCCGCUCUCGGCUUCGGCCUGUCGCCCGGAGACGGGCACAUGACACCCGAGGAGGUGGAGCGACAUCUGCAGUCGCGGCAGUCCUAUGUGGAGCUGCUGCCUGAGCGAGCGCCACCAACUGUACCUACGGAGAUGUUUAGCAACGACCCGUCACUUGACAGUGAAUCAAAUGAUGUGCUGGAGAACUCCCCAAAUGUUGAAGAGUGGUUCGAUUAACUUAAGCUUUUACGUAGACAUAUUUAUGGAAAAUAAGAUACUUAAUUCUAAUGUCAUUAAGUAAGUGCAUUCAUUGAUUUAAUAUUAAAGAUAUGUAAUUUGCCCUUUUUUUUGCAUACAUUGUUUAAAUGAAAAACAAUUCAAUUUAAAUAUAUUAUAUAUUGGAUAAAUAUUUACGUAAGACAAUUACAAAGUGGCUUCAAGCGCGGAAACGAACUUCUAUAUAAUCUAUGUAUCACGCUCAAUUUAUUAACCAUGCGAUAUUGUACAUUUUGAUAUUCAACUCACACACAAUACACUGAAGGUAUUUAACAAAUAAGCAAGUAUACACAUUCUUACUUUCAUAAUAUACAUAUAAUUUUCA